AUGACGCCCGAAUUGGCUCGUCAGAUUCACCUCCUCGCGAGAAGCCAAGCCUCGUCGUGUUUCCCGCAAGGCGCCGCAUGGGGGGACGGCCGCGGGGAUCGAAGCGGCGAGCAGGGGAACGGCGGAAGCGGCGGAGGCAGCGCGUCCGCGACGAUCGCAGCAGCGGCAGUAUCAGCAUCAGCAUCAGCAUCAGCAUCAGCAGCAGCAGCAGCCGCGGCAGGGAAGACGCAUAACCAGCUGUUGAGCGCUUUUGCCGGCCGCAAUGACUCAUUCGGGACGCUCCCGUUUACACUGUCGGAGAAGGACACGGUCGCCGGCUGUUCCGCUGGUGCUGCUGCUACUAUGCGCGGAAUCAUCGAGCAGCCGGCGCGUUCAGAUUAUCCGGCGUUGCAAUCGCGACAACUAUCCGCGCAACUCAAGUCAUUCGCGCCGUUCGAUCCAUGUUCCCCAUUCGACUCAUCCGCGCCGUCACCGUCCGCUCCGUCAAUUGCGCCGUCCGCUCUCUUCGCCGCCGCAUCCCGAGGGCCUUCCGCCGUCCAGCAGCCCUCAUGCGGAAUUCCGCCGCUGGCUGUGGCGGAAACAUAUCGGCCCGUAGCGCGUCAGCCUUUAACGCGUCGGCCAUUGGCGGACGGUGCGACGUCGGCCGAGAUUAUGAGUUCCAAGAGGGGUCUUAAGAGAGCCAGCGGCAGCGCGGGUGCUGAUUCGGCGGCGCCUAACAACACGAGCGCGGUAGCACCUGCGACUGCCACUGCCCCCGUCUCUGCCGCUCGCCGCCGCGGGAGCAGGUGCCUCGCCGCGUUCGACGGCGCAAGCUCCGGCGGAAGCUCCAGCGGAGGCGGCGAUAGUCCCCGGGCGGGGGAAGAACCCGCGGAAGCAGCGGAAGCGACGGCCGCGGCGACCGCGGCGUGGGAGCAGCACCAGUGGUCGCGCGGACUGGCGGAGCUGGUGAGCGCGGACGGGCACCGGUGGCUCAAGUACGGCGCUAAGAAGCUGAGCACCAAGAAUGGCGGGCAGCGCAGGGCGUACUACCGCUGCGCCGCCAGCUCCCCCCACCACCGCACAGCAGGGUCCGCGCCAUGCCCUGCGCGCAAGGUGGUGAACUCGCACCCGCUGCGCCCGUUCGAUCUGAGCGCUGUGACUGUGGAGUAUCUCUGUGAGCACAACCAUCCUGUGGACGGAGGGCGAGUGACUGUUGCGCGUGAUUAUAAAGGGCGCCGGGUUCCGCGCGCUGGGGAUGAGGGUUCUGCUGGUGAGGAUGGGGGGACGGUGCGGAGUGCUGAUGUCAGCCCGGCCGUUCCUGCUGAUGGAGACGGCUGGACUGCUGGUGCUGCUGCUGCUGUUGCUGCUGCUGCUGCUACAGGCGAUGACAGGGUUGUAUCGCAUGAUGAGUUUCCUUUUGAGGAGGACACUCCCCAGCUCAGAGAUUUUAUGGGUGUGGGUGGUAACGAGUCAAGCCAAGGAACAUGCUUGAAUGGUGCAACGGAGCAUGAUAUUUCUCGCAGCAACAGUAGUGUUACGGAAAAUUGUGUUGAACCCGCAGAGCAGCUUUUAUUGAGGACAGGUGGAGCAGAGGGCAGGGUGGGUGCGGCUGUUUAUGGUGAAGUGGAUGUGGAGUUGCAUCUAGCCUGCUCGUAUGGCAGUUUGGGGCAGCGACUCGACCACUGUAAUUAUCAGGAUAAACGCUUUGCUGGGAGGACUGAAGGGAUUGAAGGGUGCCAAACAGGUUUCAAAAGGAUGAGGUUCAGUGAGGGUGGCUGCUACACUGGGCUUUUAGGAAUGGGUGCAGUUGCAUGA